AUGGUGCAGAGAAAGCAGACGAGCGGCGCGGCGCGUUGUCGCGGGCGUCUUGGUGUCUCCGGCGGCCCCGGGGGCUCGGGGGCCGCGCAGAGUCUUCGUGCUGCCACCGGGCGGGACGCGGCAAGUGCAAGCCGGAGCAUGCAAGCGGAAACUUCCUCCGUUGCGCGGCGGCGGGACGUGAUCAGAUCCGUCAUGCCAUUCGCCGGCGUAUCUGUCAUCACCAACGGCAAGCUGUGCCUUUCCACCACGUCGGACGUCGACGCCGGCGCGGCCAGCGGCUACCACCUGCUUGUGGUGGAGGGCUACUCGCAAACAAAAGAGAUGGUAUCCAAUGGCAAGCACAUCAUGUCUCGCCCAUUCGUCGUAGGAGGCCAUCGCUGGUGCAUCAGUUACGCACCAAACGGUGACAGCUCCUACAGUGCUGACUGUGUUUCUCUCCAUCUUGUCCUUCUUGAUGACGAUGUUGCCAAGGCUGUGAAGGUGCGGUUCGGGUUUAGUUUCAUUGAUCAGGUUGAGUGGCAAAAUCCAAUAUACAUUCGUGAAACUCAAACACACAGCUUCUCCAGCCAUGAUUCUAUUAGGGGCUUCGAUGAUGCUGUGAGAAAAGAUGCCCUUGAACAAUCAAAGCAUCUCAAGGGUGAUAGUUUCACCAUACGGUGUGGUGUCAUGGUCUACAGGGAUCUCGACACCGUGGAUGCCGGUGCCACCGAGGUGCCGCUGCCUGACAUACAGCAGCAUUUGAACCGUCUCUUUGAAACUAAGGUAGGUGCUGAUGUGACAUUCAAUGUCAGCGGCGAGACAAUCGCUGCACACCGAUGUGUGCUUGCAGCCCGGUCUCCAGUCUUCAUGGCACAACUCUUUGGUCCCAUGAAGGAGGGGGCUGCAACGUGUGACAUACAGAUCGAAGACAUGGAAGCAAAUGUGUUCAGGGCUAUGCUUAGUUUCAUCUACACAGACUCAUUUCCCGAGAUGGAGAAUGAUGAGGCAGAAGUUGAGGAAGAACAAGAAGUGGAUGAAGUACUUUAUGCAACAUGGAUGCAAUGGAUGCAAGACUUGCUUGUAGCUGCGGACAGAUAUGAUAUCCAACGGCUCAAGUUUUGCUGUGAAGAGGGGUUGUCUGAGUGCAUGGAUGUGAGCUCGGUGACGUCCACACUUGUGAUAGCUGAGAAGCACCAUUGCCAAUAUUUGAAGGAGGCAUGCUUGAAUUUCCUCAGAGUAUCCCCCUCCAGUUUGCAAGAAGUAAUGGCAACCAGUGACUGGGAGCAUAUUACAGUCACAUAUCCCUCUGUUUUGAACGAGCUCAUUGCCAUGCUUGCUUCGAAAGCGUAA